AAUGAUAAGUUUGUAUUAUAAUAAAUUAUCCAUAAAUUGUUUAAUAUUUUUUUCAGGUUUUUGCAGUGGAGCUACUUAAGGUAUAUUAUCAAUAGAUCAAAAAUAAUAGAAGCCAAGCUGAGAUAUGGAAAUGAAAAGGAAUAAAAUAUGGGUAUUAUAAUAAUAAUAAAUAAGAGAUUCAUAUCUUAUUAUCAACUUUAUUGGUAGCAAAUUUAUUGGCUAAUGAAUCCUACAAGUGAUUGGAUUGCAUUUUUGAUUUCCAUAAGCAAUAAUGACAGGAAAACAUUAAUUUAGAAUAGCAUCCUUCAUUAUACCUUAGAGAAAGUCUAUAAUUUCAAUUUUAUAUUUAAUUUGCUUUUCCUUUAGUUUGUACAAAAAAUAAAAGGUAUCAUUUGGAAUAUAUUCAAUAAUUAAUGAAGAUAUGUAAGCAAUAGGAUGUGAUAAAACCAGAAAAAUUAAAAAUUAUAGUUUCAGUAAUGGAAUUGAGAAAUAAAUUUAUGAUCAAUCUUAUUAAACCAAUCCAUCAAGUAUGUUAUAUUUAGCAAGAUGAACCAAUUUGUAAGAGUAUAAUAAGGAAAUUAAAAUUAAAGGAAUAUUCAAUGAUUCCUAUAAUUGAGAAUAAUUGUGUGAUUGGAUUAUUCAAAUCUAAAGAUCUGAUACUUGAUAACUUAUAAUAGAAUUAGUUUAGAUAUUAAUUAACUUUUGAUAAUAUCAGGUGACACAAAAAUGUUAGAUUUAUUAUUGAUGUUUC